GGUGCAGGCAGGGAGAUCAGAAUGCUCACAGAACAGGCAGUGUAAUUACAUGGUCCUUGGAAGUAUGUUAGCCCCACGGGGAACUCGGCUUGCCCUUUUACUUAGGGAGGAAAAGUAGAUUUGGGGAUGGUGGAAGGGGUCAGUUCAUAACUGAGUUCCUGCUCGGUAAUGAUGAGGGCAUCUGCGGAUCUCCAGUGACUGCCUGAUGCUCGUGGUCAGGCUCCACUCUCUUGCUCCCAGAUACUUGAUUUUGCAAGAGGAACACACCUUUCUGCAGGAAAGAAGAUACUGACCAGAUUGCGAGCGGUUCCUGUGGACGCUCUGCAGUCACCCAGGGCCCAGGCAGACUGACUGUGCAGGAGGCUUGUGCGUGGGAAUCGGAGACCAUGGCAGUGCAGCUGGUGCCAGACUCCGCGCUCAGCCUGCUGAUGAUGACGGAAGGCCGUCGAUGUCAAGUACAUCUUCUUGAUGACCGGAAGCUGGAACUCCUAGUACAGCCCAAGCUUUUGGCCAAGGAGCUGCUUGACCUCGUGGCAUCUCACUUCAACCUGAAGGAGAAGGAAUACUUUGGAAUCGCCUUCACAGAUGAGACGGGACACUUAAACUGGCUUCAACUAGAUCGAAGAGUCUUGGAACACGACUUCCCCAAAAAGUCGGGACCAGUGGUUUUAUACUUUUGUGUCAGGUUCUAUAUAGAGAGCAUCUCAUACCUAAAGGACAAUGCCACCAUAGAGCUCUUCUUCCUGAACGCCAAGUCCUGUAUCUACAAGGAGCUGAUUGACGUUGACAGUGAAGUGGUGUUUGAAUUAGCCUCGUAUAUUUUACAGGAGGCAAAGGGAGACUUUUCUAGCAAUGAAGUGGUGAGGACGGACUUGAAGAAACUACCAGCACUUCCCACGCAGGCUCUGAAGGAGCACCCCUCCCUGGCUUACUGCGAGGACCGGGUCAUCGAGCACUACAAGAAACUGAACGGCCAGACCAGAGGCCAAGCCAUCGUCAACUACAUGAGCAUCGUGGAGUCUCUCCCAACCUACGGGGUUCACUAUUACGCAGUGAAGGACAAGCAGGGGAUACCGUGGUGGCUGGGACUGAGCUACAAAGGCAUCUUUCAGUAUGACUACCACGAUAAAGUCAAGCCCAGGAAGAUAUUCCAAUGGAGGCAGUUGGAAAACCUGUAUUUCAGAGAGAAGAAGUUUUCUGUGGAAGUUCAUGACCCACGCAGGGCCUCAGUGACAAGGAGGACGUUUGGACACAGCGGCAUCGCAGUGCACACGUGGUACGCGUGUCCGGCACUGAUCAAGUCCAUCUGGGCUAUGGCCAUUAGCCAACACCAGUUCUAUCUGGACAGAAAGCAGAGUAAGUCGAAGAUCCAUGCCGCCCGCAGCCUGAGCGAAAUCGCCAUCGACCUGACGGAGACGGGGACGCUGAAGACGUCGAAGCUGGCCAGCAUGGGCAGCAAGGGCAAGAUCAUCAGCGGCAGCAGUGGCAGCCUGCUGUCCUCAGGUUCUCAGGAAUCAGAUAGCUCGCAGUCGGCCAAGAAAGACAUGCUGGCAGCCUUGAAAUCCAGGCAGGAAGCUCUGGAGGAGACGCUUCGCCAGCGGCUGGAAGAGCUGAAGAGACUCUGCCUCCGAGAAGCCGAGCUGACGGGAAAACUGCCCGUGGAGUAUCCCCUGGAUCCAGGAGAGGAACCACCCAUUGUUCGAAGAAGAAUCGGGACAGCCUUCAAACUGGACGAGCAGAAAAUCCUGCCCAAAGGAGAGGAGGCCGAGCUGGAACGCUUGGAGCGGGAGUUUGCCAUUCAGUCCCAGAUUACGGAGGCUGCCCGCCGCCUGGCCAGUGACCCUAACGUCAGCAAAAAACUGAAGAAGCAGAGGAAGACCUCUUACCUGAAUGCACUGAAGAAGCUGCAGGAGAUUGAAAGCGCAAUCAACGAGAACCGCGUCAAGUCUGGGAAGAAACCCACCCAGCGGGCCUCGCUGAUCAUCGAAGAUGGAAAUAUUGCCAGUGAAGACAGUUCCCUGUCAGAUGCCCUAGUUCUAGAAGAUGAAGACUCUCAGGUCACCAGCACACUGUCCCCCUUACAGUCCCCUCACAAAGGGCUCCCUCCUCGGCCACCGUCGCACAACCGGCCGCCCCCUCCGCAGUCCCUGGAGGGACUCAGGCAGAUGCACUAUCACCGCAACGACUAUGACAAGUCGCCCAUAAAGCCCAAAAUGUGGAGCGAGUCCUCAUUAGAUGAGCCUUACGAGAAGGUCAAGAAGCGUUCCUCCCACAGUCACUCCAGUAGCCACAAGCGCUUCCCCAGCACGGGGAGCUGCGCUGAAGCGGGAGGGGGAGGCAGCUCCCUGCAGACCAGCCCCAUCCGCAGCCUCCCGCCCUGGAACUCGCAGUGCAGCAUGCCGUCCACACCCGACCUCCGAGUCCGGAGUCCCCACUACGUGCAUUCCACGAGGUCGGUGGACCUCAGCCCCACGCGGCUGCACAGCCUCGCCCUGCACUUUCGGCACCGGAGCUCCAGCUUGGAGUCCCAGGGCAAGCUCCUGGGCUCGGAGAACGACACGGGGAGCCCCGACUUCUACACGCCACGGACUCGCAGCAGCAACGGCUCGGACCCCAUGGACGACUGCUCGUCGUGCACCAGCCACUCGAGCUCGGAGCACUACUACCCGGCGCAGAUGAACGCCAACUACUCCACGCUGGCCGAGGACUCGCCGUCCAAGGCGCGCGCGCGGCAGCGGCAGCGGCAACGGGCGGCGGGCGCGCUGGGCGCGGCGAACUCGGGCAGCAUGCCCAACCUGGCGGCGCGCGGCGGCGGCCACGGCCACGGCGUCUACCUGCACAGCCAGAGCCAGCCCAGCUCGCAGUACCGCAUCAAGGAGUACCCGAUGUACGUGGAGGGCGGCGCCACGCCCGUGGUGGUGCGCAGCCUGGAGAGCGACCAGGAGGGCCACUACAGCGUCAAGGCGCAGUUCAAGACCUCCAACUCGUACACGGCCGGCGGCCUGUUCCGGGAGAGCUGGCGCGGCGGCGACGAGGGCGACGCGGGCCGCCUGACGCCGUCGCGCUCGCAGAUCCUGCGGACUCCGUCGCUGGGCCGCGACGGCGGCGCCCACGACAAGGGCGCGGGCCGCGCCGCCGUCUCGGACGAGCUGCGCCAGUGGUACCAGCGCUCGAGCGCCUCGCACAAGGAGCACAGCCGCCUGUCGCACGCCAGCUCCGCCUCCUCGGACGGCGGCUCCCAGUACAGCGCCUCCUCCCAGAGCACCUUCGUGGCGCACAGCAGGGUCACCAGGAUGCCCCAGAUGUGCAAGGCCACGUCAGCUGCCUUACCUCAAAGCCAGAGAAGCUCAACGCCGUCCAGUGAAGUUGGAGCGACGCCCCCCGGCAGCCCUCACCACAUCCUAACCUGGCGGACCGGGAGCUACAAUGAUAGCUGUUUCCUGGAUCCCUCCCUCUAUCCAGAACUAGCUGAUGUCCAGUGGUACGGGCAAGAAAAAGCCAAGCCCGGGACCCUCGUGUGAGCCAGCCGGCCUCAAUCUGGCCGCCUCAACGCCAUUCUGAGAUCACCUCACUGCCUCUCAUUUGCCUUACCCAGACGCAGUGUCACCUGCACCAGCUUCGGCCCUCAGCACUUUUCUUCUCCUGUCUCCGCGUCCCCCUCACCCUCCAAAAACCUGACUGGGGAGACAUUCUGGAAGGUUCCGGUCCCACUGUGUGUCCCCUGGCUCCCUUGCCCAGAGAGCCAGGCACCAAUCCUCAAUGGCACCUUGGUGGCUCCCCCCUGCCGUGACAGCCCCCUGGCCAGGAACCAUCAGGGAAGCUGGCUGGCCUGGACUCCUGUGGACUAGUGGCAUUGGUGGAAACCAGGAGAGGGGACUUAAGUACAGGGUGAUCCAGAAAGACUGUGAAAGCUGGGGCCCACCUGGAGGCCCACCAAGCACUCGGUGAAGACCAUGCCCCGUGGGAGUAUUCAGCGGACAGCUGAAAUACUUCCUGGGAGGAGUGACUGUUGCGGGAGCAGGAAGAACAGAAACAGAAGCUGGACACGUCAGAGAUGCAUCCACGGAUCACAGUCAGUUAUGCUGCCAAAGAUUUUAAAAAAUUAAAAACUAAAAACACACAAAAAAUUAAGAGGGGCCAAGAGGAAGACGUUCUUUCUGCAAUGAAAUCUCUUUUAAAUCCUCAACUGCUACUGCAUCCCACACGUGAAAGUCAACCAUCUGUAACGUGUGCCCCUCACCCCUCUCCCUUAACAUUCCACCUCCCUCUCCAUCGAGAGCCUGAAAACUAACCCAAUGUGAUGGUCACGUCGGGGGACCCCUGGCUGGCAUUGCUGACUUGGAUCUCCAUGAGUCUGGACCCCAAGGAGAACAGACCCACGGGGAGUAGCGGAGUGUCCGCUUAGCCCCAGCCUGCAUGGGGGGUUCAGCCCAAGACACAAAGCUGCUUUCCUUUGGGGAUUUGUAGGAAACGUAAGGUGAUGGUUGCCAAAAGUGGUUCUCUCUCAUUAAAACAACCAGUAAAAGUGUAUCCUGUUUUUUUCUCACAAGGUGUUUCAUUUGAUCUUUUAUGGGAAGCCAAGGGAAAAAGCACAUUGCGAUCCAUUCAAGUGUUUAACUGUCGUAGCCCAUUUUCUGUUUGUUAGCACUUGUGUGACAAAGAGUUCAGAUCCAAUGGCACCCGGUUACCAACGUGUCACUUCUUGCAAGAACCCAACUAUGCCCUUAGGUAGGAAGACUGUACUCACAUGUCUACUAGCUAGCUGGCAG